AUGUCCAAGGUGUUUACGACGAGCGACGUUGCGUCGCAUAAUAAGGGCGAUGAUAUGUUCAUUAUUGUCGAUGGGGAUGUUUAUGAUAUCACCAAGUUCCAGGAUGACCAUCCCGGUGGCAAGAAGAUCCUCCAGCGCGUCGCCGGCAAGGACGCCUCCAAAAUCUUCUGGAAAUACCACAACGAGGGCAUCCUGAAAAAGUACAAGCCAAAGCUGCAAGUCGGCUCGCUCGACACCAAGCCCAAGGCUGAGCCCAAGCCCGAACCCAAGCCAGCCGCCGCCGCCCCGGCUCCCAAGAAGGCCGUCACCAGCAGCUCUAGCCACGAGCAAUCCGAGCCUCUCGAGCCCUUUGGCGCUCUCAUUCCCUUUGCCGACCCGUCCUGGUACCAGGGCAACUUCUCGCCCUACUUCAACGAGACUCAUGCCGCUCUCCGGGCCGAAGUCCGCGAGUGGAUGGAGAAUGAGAUUGAGCCCAAUGUCACUGAGUGGGAUGAGGCGAAGCGCGUCCCUGAGGAGAUCUACAAGGAGAUGGGCCGUCGUGGCUACCUCGCCGGUCUUUUGGGCGUCAAGUACCCUACCGAAUAUGUCCCCGAGGGCGUCAAGUCCGUCCCCACGGAGAACUGGGAUCUCUUCCACGAGAUGCUGUUGACCGAUGAGCUGUCGCGCGCCGGCUCUGGUGGUUUCGUCUGGAACUUGAUUGGUGGUUUUGGCAUCGGCUGCCCUCCCGUCAUGAAGUUUGGUUCCAAGGCCCUCAAGGACAGAAUCAUGCCUGGCAUCCUCGCUGGUGACAAGCGCGUCUGCUUGGCCAUCACUGAGCCCGAUGCCGGCAGCGACGUCGCCAACUUGACCUGCGAGGCUAAGCUCAGCGAAGACGGCAAGCACUUCAUCGUCAACGGCGAGAAGAAGUGGAUCACCAACGGUAUCUGGGCCGACUACUUCACCACUGCUGUGCGAACCGGCGGCGAGGGCAUGAACGGCGUGAGCCUGCUGCUCAUUGAACGUGGUCCCGGUGUCAGCACCCGUCGCAUGGACUGCCAGGGCGUCUGGUCCUCUGGAACCACCUACAUCACCUUUGAGGACGUCAAGGUCCCCGUUGAGAACUUGCUCGGCAAGAAGGACAAGGGCUUCGGUGUCAUCAUGACCAACUUCAACCACGAGCGUAUCGGCAUCAUCAUCCAGUGCCUGCGCUUCUCGCGUGUCUGCUUCGAAGAGUCCGUCAAGUACGCCAACAAGCGUCGCACCUUUGGCAAGAAGCUCAUUGAGCACCCCGUCAUUCGUAUGAAGCUCGCCCACAUGGCUCGCCAGAUCGAGGCCUCGUACAACUGGCUCGAGAACAUGAUCUACCAGUGCCAGAAGAUGGGUGAGCAUGAGGCCAUGUUGCGUCUUGGCGGUCCUAUUGCCGGCCUUAAAGCUCAGGCUACUGUUACAUUUGAGUUCUGCGCCCGCGAGGCUUCACAGAUCUUUGGUGGUUUGUCGUACUCGCGUGGCGGACAAGGCGGCAAGGUGGAGAGAUUGUACAGAGAUGUCAGGGCAUAUGCUAUUCCUGGCGGUAGUGAGGAGAUUAUGCUGGAUCUCAGCAUGAGACAGUCCAUGAAGGUGGCUCAGAUUAUGGGCAUGAAGUUGUAA